AUGAUGGAUGAUGCAGCCACAAUUACGGAGGAGGUGCAGGAUGACGGCGCCCCGAAACCCAAGCGCGCGGCGCGAAAGCAAGGCACUGCCUCAGCGGCCGCCGCUGCGCGCGCUACUGCAAGCCAAGAGACUGCCGCCACUGCAAGCGAGGAGGCUGUCGCCGUCGCCGAGCAAGCCUUGCAGUUCCUUCGCCCACGCGGUACUCAUGGCAUCAUGUCGCAUGGCGUGACGGCAGACACAGCGUGCUCUGAGAAGCUUGCGGCCGUGGACGCCGCGCAGCGCGACGUGACGCCCGAUGACCUGCAGAACGCGGUGAAGCACGCCUGCGCAUUUGGUGUUCCCAAUGAAGGCCUGCUGGUCGCCUUCAACAUUGACCACUGUCCUGACACCACACACCGAGCUGCUCGGGGAGCCAAGUUUUUCUUUGAUGACGACGCCCGGAAACUUUUCAUCUCCAAAUCAAGUGACUCUGCACACGACGCGGGGACCCGAGCUGCCGCCAAGCAGGUCGAGCAGUACGCCGGAGCCUACAAUGCACUCCUGGACCUGGAUCGCUUGCUGAUGAAGCAGGACACCAACUUACGCCGCUUGAAUGGCGACGCUCCAGACGUCGCGCUCGCUGUCCGGACGAACGGGUCGGAUCUGCUGCCUUUUGUGAUUAUCGAGGUCGAGGUUGGCAACCGCGACGUUCUCAGAAGUCGCCAGCAAGGUGCCAAACUUUUCCAGCGCUACAAGACGUUGCGUGGUCUGCUCAUCAUUUCGUUUCCAGAGGAUUAUAGUCUGGACCCGGCCAAGUUGAAAAACGUGCAAGCGACAGCGGUCUACUACUCACGCGCCGCCGAUGGCCCCGCUAGCGAAGUACAGCCUAGCGCCGCCCAUGACCUCGGAACCGUGCCUGCCAGCUGGGUUAAGUGGACGAGCGCCAUGGAAGGCGAUUGUCUCCCCCCUGUGCCGCCCGGGAGCGUGGAGACGCUUCUGGGCACGUCAAGCGUGGAGCGAGGACUGACUCAGUUGCGACAUGACAGGCGCGUCAAAGUGGAGGUACCCGGUGCAGUCAUCGACCUGCGCGCUGAAGAGCUGGCAAGCGUUCUCAGCGGUGUGACGAAUGACAUCCACACCAAGGCGCGCCAGGACUUGGUGAUCGACGUGACCACCAUUGUUGAAAGCGUGUACCCCGAGCUGAUGCAGAACAUCUACGAACUGGGACAAGUUUGGACGCACAUCCAGACGAUGCAAUCGGCGGUGGACGGGGUGCCGGAUGGACGACGCACCGUUACCACCGUCACACAACGCAGGAUGGAGACUUGCAGCUUCAAGGCAGCAUUUGCCUUUGAACAGGCGUACGGGGAGUUCUGCGGUUGGGCACGCAGUGUGGGCCGAGACGUUCGAUCCUUGGCACCACGUGGUCCCAAGGACAAGAUGCAGGACGAUCGCACACCUGACGAGCGCCAAGAAGCUGUUGACGCUUUCUGCGCGGUUGCCAACGACCGAUAG